AGUCUGCAAAUGAUUCAGGUCCCCAUCCCGUUACUCCAGGAGGGGAUUAAAAUAUAUCUCUAUAUAUUCAGCUACGAGUUUGGAAAGAUUUUAAAAUAAGAUUUCAAGGUGAAGCAGUAUUCAUUGCUGAGAUUGUUCAAGGUUUUUUCUCUCAUCCGGACAGUUCCAAACAUCACCUCUUUCAAAAUGAAGCCAAUGCUAUUCACUGUGUGUGUUCUGCUGUGUGCAAUGAUGCUCACCGUUGAAGGUCGUCGCAGCCGACACCGUGACAGGCGGUCAUCGAGUGGGAGUGGGAGUUCGAGCUCGGCCAGUAGCAGUGAAGAAGCUGCGGCUGCCACACCAGCUGCUACGCAAGCCCCUGCAACUACCGCAGCACCUGCAACUACCGCAGCACCGGCAACUACCGCAGCACCGGCAACAACAGCAGCACCUGCCCCACCAGCAGCUACUAUGGGGCCAGUCACUAUGCCGUAGCAGUUUCAGUGGGAAAUGGAAAGCCCUUGUAUGGAAGGCGACGUUUUCCAAAAUAUCACAAAACCCCUAAUCAGGGGUUUUGGUGUACGUUUGGAACACGUCACCCUCCAUGCCCUUGGUCAAUGAAGCUUUCGAUAAUUAUCCGUUUUGUUUCUAUCGCGUGACGUGAUAUUAAAAGAUUAUAGACGUAUAGUCUCAACAAUAUUGUCCAUCUCCUUCAUAUUAACUCCCAAGUUUUACCCAACUGCACAUCAUAAAGGACAUCUACUAAUCUAACAUCUUUAGAAGAUGUAUUACCAGUGACCAAUCUUCUUUAUCGUUAACAAUCAACAAGACAUAUGAAUCAGUAAAUAUUUACAAAUCGUAGAAUAAUAAGAUGAUAAGUUAUAAUGUCAGUAAUCGGGCCAACUAUUUCAUCUGUUACAGAUUUUACACAGUGCACACAUUUUAAUCUGUGCACAAUGCUCUGUCAUUUUUUGUUUUGGAUUAUUGGAUAUGACUGUGACAUUAGAUUAUUUAGACCCUUUGUUGUUUUGUUAAAGUCAAGACGCUUCAUAUCAGAUAAAGAAGGCUUUCG